AUGCUGGCGCAGCCUGUUGCUGUUGUCGAGAAAAAGUCUAACGGCCGCGCCAAACUUAUUGCGGGCGGCGGCGGCCACAGGAAAAGAGCGGCGCCAGCGGAGCACCUGGGAUCCGAAGAAGCUUGUCACUCUGAGACCUUGUCUCUUCACUUCUGGGCGUUAUUGCGCUCUCUCUCUCUCUUCCGUGAAACCCGUCGGGGAACUCAGUGGCCACCAAAUUUGAGCAAAGUGCGCCUGCUACUAAAAGAAGUAGCCACACUGUUACAGUUCGCCUGCGCAUCACUAGACGCUGUUUCCCAUGUUUUGGGAUGCCCUUCUGUUAUACAUGGCCCUUGCCGAGAAGCGCGCCAUACCUGCCAAGCUCCGCCAAAGUACAAAGAGUCGAGCGUGCAUGAUACAAUCUAG